UCUAGCUCCUCCUACCUUUGAUAUGAAAUGAUUGGAUUGGUUUAAGCAGUUUCGCCUUGGAUAUGCUGGGACGAAUUCCCAUCUGUGACACAAAGAGGAAGUCGAUUGCUAGCUGAUAAUGUCCACAUCUUGGUUCAAUUGAAAGAGAAACUGAACGACUUUGACGCUAGCUCAUUUACCUGUCGUAUAAUGUCAACUGUAUCUGAAGAGCCAGUGAGCUCUAUUGACAAAUAUAAGAAUGCAGAAGGCGGCUGGAGGCUGCGUCAUGUGAAGGGGGACCUGUUCUCCUGUCGUGAAGAUGAGGUCCUGGCCCAUUGUAUCAGCGAGGACUGUCGCAUGGGGGCUGGCAUCGCUGUCAAAUUCAAGAAACAAUUUAGUGGAGUAGAUGAGCUGAAGAAACAGAAGAAGGUGCCAGGGCAAUGUGCUGUACUGAAAAGAAACAAGCGUUUUGUGUACUACCUGGUAAGAUGCUUAGCGCUAUAUACCAACCAACUGAAACAUAUAAAGCCUUUUUAUUUUGUCAUCUUUUGUGGUGUCUCUCUCUUACAGAUUACAAAAGAAAAAUACAGCCACAAACCUACCUAUGACAACCUACGGCAGAGCCUCGAGGACAUGAAGUCUCAUUGCUUACAAAAUGGAGUAACUGGAAUAUCAAUGCCUCGCAUCGGCUGUGGCCUUGAUCGACUGAGUUGGGAUAAAGUGGAGGAGAUGCUUAAGCAGGUAUUCCAGCCCACAGAUAUAAGUAUCACUGUGUAUACUCUCCCUGUAAAACCCACAGGGAAACCAAGUUUCCAUUGAUGUUUUCUGUAAACCAAAGUAAAUCAUGUUUCAGGGAUAUUUGUUAUGGUUAUAUUCUCUAUCAUCUUUUGUCAUAGGCUCCAAGCCUGUGUUUUUCAACGGGUUUUGUGUGAAAUAAAACUCGGACCAUAUUGUGUUGAUUGACACAGCGUGUAUUUUUAAUUGCCAAGUUUACUCAGCAUACGGAUAUGCACCUGCGCAAAGUUUGCUGAAAUGUUUACUUUCAAAAGUUAAUAAAUUAAAUCACAAAAUGUAGCACUUUACUUUAAGAAUCAUAUCCUUUACCGCCUAAUCUUUAUUUUACCCCUGUGUGUGAUGGUUCUCUGAUAUUGCAAGUGCCUAUUUUCAUGUUAAUUAUGAUCCUUUAGUAGAGCUAUUCUCCACCAGAUGGGGGCACCAAUUAUAGUUUUCUCCACAUGGCUUCUGUGGUGUGAUCUAUACAGAUUUUUCAUAUGAUGUAAAUACCCUGUAAUGUACAAGUAUCUUACAUGAGCAUGACUUCUGAAAACUAUAUUGUUAUUUUACAGUAAUAAAAUCAAUGUGUUGCAUACAUUUA